ACGUUGACAGCAGACGAUCGGAGCCACGAAUGUCAACAAACCGAUGUCAUAGUGAACAGACGCUCUCCCAUUUUUCCCUUUUUCGACUCCAAAGAUGACUCGGAACGCACUCUUAUCGCUGUGGAUGAUAGUGGGUGUGGCAGCGGGAGGCGUGGUGGGUGAGGUGGAGGAAGAAAUAGGCGUAGGAGCCGAGAGAUAUAAAAUAGAAGGGCGAGUUGUGAGGCCCGAGUCUUCUUUGGUGAGCCCUGCAGAAUGGUUCGCUUCCACCAAGGUCUUUACUAAUAGUGGGCAUUUUGGCUUUUUGAGGGAGGAUGGGUCCUUUGUGAUCAACAAUGUCCCAUCGGGGUCGUAUGUCGUCCAGGUGAUGAAUCCCACCUUCAUAUACGAGCCACUGCGUGUUGACAUCAACUCAAAGGGGAAAAUAAGAGCUAGGGCUGUGAAUCACAUCCAGCCAUCCAAUGUUGUGCAGAUGCCACAUCCUCUGAGAAUGAAGUCCUUGGGACCCUACCGCUACUUCCUUGAGCGUGAGCAACUACGCAUAACGGACUUCCUCAUGAACCCUAUGGUAUUGAUGACUGUCCUCCCACUUGCCCUCAUGAUGAUUCUGCCAAGACUCAACGACCCUGAGACCCGCAAGGAGAUGGAACAGAUGCAAAUGCCCAAGAUGGACACUCCAGAACUUUCAGAGAUCAUGACAUCCCUCUUUGGCGGAGGAAGCACAAGCCACAACCAGGGGGCACAGCAGAAGACCAGAUCACGCCCAAAUAAACGGAAGGAAAAAUUAACCUAAUGAAUCACUAUUUUUAUCAGCAAAGCAAAUUAUGUACCCUGUGUGUAAAGAACUAUUUAUACUGACUAUCGUAUAAGGGAUGUGUAUCAUUUGUCUGUUGACGUGUUGCCUUCUGAGAUUGUUUCUUUAGCAAAUGUUCUUUUAUAGGAAAGAAAAAUUAAUGUGUGCAAGGAAGUGCAACUGCAGUGAAGUGAGCAUUGUCACAAAAAAGUUUAAUCUAAGGGGCAACAGGAGCAAAUACCACAUAAGGUGUGAGUGGAAGAAUUAAACUUUAUCUAUGUGUAUGUAUGUGGGAAAGCUAUAAAAUGAAAUAAAAAUAAAUAUUG